GGCUCAGAGAGGAGCUCCCAGCUGCCGGCAGCGUCUAUUCUGCACACACCAUGUGGGGUCUGCUCCUGCUGUGGGCAUAUCUGGUGCUCCCAGUUUCAGGUUAUGAAGACGUGAAGGGCCCCAAGGAGAUGAGCGGCUUUGAAGGCGACACUCUGGCCGUGAGAUGCACCUACAGCAAAAAGUGGAUAAAACACGGGAAAUACUGGUGCAGGCAGGGCGGGCACCUGAUCUCCCGCUGCUCCAACACCAUCUACACCAGAGGUGACCAGGAGGUGACACAGGACAGGGUGUCCAUCCGUGACAGCCCCCAAGAGCUCGCGUUCACCGUGACAGUGAAGCACCUCACCCUGCAGGAUGCCGGGAAAUACUGGUGUGGCAUCAACAUCCUGGGCUUUGAUCAGGUUUUUGAGGUGACGCUGACCAUCUUUCCAGGCAAUCGGGGUGGCACCGCCAGUACCACUGGCCCCAGCUGUCCCCCUCCCACUCCCUCCUUCCAGCCUCUUACCACUAAACCGAGCCUGCAGCGCCCACAGCCCAAGACAAAAGCUUGGCACACUCAGCCCCCAGCAUUGACUUCUUCCGAUCUCCGCCCGACAGUCGCCACAGCCAAGCAGGGGAGAGCAGGGGUUGAGGCCACACCGUCCCCAAGGGCGGUCCAGAUAUGGCCUGCAGGACCCUCCCCCUACACAGGAACCUCUCCACAGACAGAGACCUCUCCUCACACAACGACCUCUCCCCAUGCAGGGAGCUCCCGUCCAGCCAUCCCCGUGCACCCCACCACGGCAGAGGACGCCAGUCCUGUCCCCGGCGGCGGCAGCUCCAAGCACAGGGUGACCAUCCCAAUGGUCCGUAUGUUGGCCCCUGUUCUGGUGAUCUUGUCGCUCCUGCUGGCCACGUGCCUGAUUGCCUUCGGUAGCCAUGUGUUCCGGUGGAGAACAAAAGCUCAGCUGGCCAUGGAAACACAGAGGAAUGAACAGAAGAACGAGCAGAGGGAUGAUAAGGUCUACCUCCCAGACUUGGCGCUGGGGAACGGCUGGGCCCCUGAGGAUACCGUGAUCAGCCUUGCAGGGCCCAUCAGGCCUGGUGACAGCCCGGAGCCCUCUGCCAGCCCCUGUAAGGGGAUCCAGCAUUUCCCACAGAAGGCAGAGGAAGAGGAGGCUCCUUCUGAGGACCCCAAGGAAGGCAUGAUCCUGGCUCCUCCCCUCCAGAUGUCUCAGGAGGAGCUGGGCUUCUCCGAGUUCAUCUCCGUGUAAUGCAAACCCCGCCCCCUGGCCUGUCCAGGAAGCUGCUUGGCUAAAUUUGUACUAACUCUCCAGAGCGGUCAGCCAUAGCCUUAGGGGCCAUCUGCCCCCCACUCCCAAGGCCCCCUUUUUGUGGGCAUGGUGGCUUCCCAGUUCCAGCUGAAGGCUGGAACCUCCUUGAUCAUGUUCACCUCCCUGGGCAGGGUGCACAAUUGUGGACCCUCAGCAAGGCCAGGCAAGGCUCAGCAUAUCCGGACUGGUUUCCACCCUAGGACCACCCCCCCCUCCCCCUUCCCCCCCUCCACCUGGGCGGCCAGUGGCAGGCCCUGCUUCCCCCACCUCUUCCUUCCUUCCACAGAUGCCCUCUCUUUUUCUCCCUGAAAUUCUCCUCCAUCUUCUGCUGAGAAAGGGGAAAUACACAUGGUUGUAUACCAACUGUACCCUAGCCCUUCAAAUUUCCAAGCCCUACGGAGACCCACCAAAAUCAUCUGUGGGCCUGGGCCCAGGACUCUACAUUUAUGAUGUGCUCAGCAAUUUUCAUUCCCGACUGU